GCACCAUGUUCGGGAAGAAAAAGAAAAAGAUUGAAAUAUCUGGCCCAUCCAACUUUGAGCACAGGGUGCAUACUGGGUUUGAUCCACAAGAGCAGAAGUUCACUGGCCUGCCACAGCAAUGGCACAGCCUAUUAGCGGACACAGCCAACAGGCCAAAGCCAAUGGUGGACCCUUCCUGCAUCACUCCUAUACAGCUGGCUCCUAUGAAGACAAUUGUUAGAGGAAACAAGUCCUGCAAGGAAUCUUCCAUCAAUGGCCUGCUGGAGGAUUUUGACAACAUCUCUGUGACUCGUUCCAACUCCCUAAGGAAAGAAAGUCCACCUACCCCAGAUCUGGGAGCUGCCAGCCAUGGUCCAGGCCACUCUGAAGAAAAUGGCUUCAUCACCUUCUCCCAGUACUCCAGCGAAUCCGACACCACCGCAGACUACACAACUGACAAGUACAGAGAGAAGAGUCUCUACGGAGAUGAUCUGGAUCCCUACUAUAAAGGCAGCCAUUCCUCCAAGCAAAAUGGGCACAUCAUGAAAAUGAAACACGGAGAGGCCUACUAUUCUGAGAUGAAGCCUUUGAAAACAGAUAUGGCCAGAUUUCCUAUGGAUUAUCCUGCACACUUGGACUCUCUGAGCAAACCAAGCGAAUAUGGUGACCUCAAAUGGGAGUACCAGCGAGCCUCAAGUAGUUCCCCUCUGGAUUACUCAUUCCAAUUCACGCCUUCUAGAACUGCAGGGACUAGCAGGUGCUCCAAGGAGAGUCUGGCAUACAGUGAAAGUGACUGGGGACCCAGCCUGGAUGACUAUGACAGGAGGCCAAAGUCAUCGUACCUGAAUCAGACCAGCCCCCAGCCAGCCAUGCGCCAGAGGUCCAAGUCAGGCUCAGGGCUCCAGGAACCCAUGAUGCCAUUCGGAGCAAGUGCAUUUAAAACCCAUUCCCAAGGACACUCCUACAACUCCUACACCUAUCCUCGCUUGUCUGAGCCCACAAUGUGCAUUCCAAAGGUGGAUUAUGAUCGAGCACAGAUGGUCUUCAGUCCUCCAGUGUCAGGGUCCGACACCUAUCCCAGAGGCCCCACCAAACUACCUCAAAGUCAAAGCAAAGCAGGCUACCCCUCAAGCAGUCACCCUUACCCUUCUGGGUACCACAAAGCUACACUGUACCAACAUCCUUCCUUGCAGACCGGUUCCCAGUAUAUGUCUACGGCCUCUUACCUGAGCUCUCUCAGCAUCUCAUCCAGCACCUACCCCCCACCCAGCUGGGGCUCCUCAUCUGACCAGCAACCCUCCAGGGUAUCUCAUGAACAGUUCCGGGCUGCGCUGCAACUUGUGGUCAGUCCAGGUGACCCCAGGGAAUACUUGGAUAACUUUAUCAAAAUUGGAGAAGGGUCAACUGGCAUUGUGUGCAUUGCCACAGAGAAACACACAGGGAAACAAGUAGCAGUGAAGAAAAUGGACCUCCGAAAGCAGCAAAGACGAGAACUACUUUUUAAUGAGGUUGUGAUAAUGAGGGAUUACCACCACGACAACGUGGUCGAUAUGUACAAUAGUUACCUUGUUGGUGAUGAACUUUGGGUGGUCAUGGAGUUUCUAGAAGGUGGUGCCUUGACGGACAUUGUCACUCAUACCAGAAUGAAUGAAGAGCAGAUAGCUACUGUCUGUCUGUCAGUCCUGAGAGCUCUGUCAUACCUUCACAAUCAAGGAGUGAUUCACAGGGAUAUAAAGAGUGACUCCAUCCUCCUGACAAGUGAUGGCCGGAUAAAGCUGUCUGACUUUGGUUUCUGUGCUCAAGUUUCCAAAGAGGUGCCAAAGAGGAAAUCCCUGGUGGGCACUCCAUACUGGAUGGCACCGGAGGUGAUCUCCAGGCUACCUUAUGGAACAGAGGUAGACAUCUGGUCCCUUGGCAUCAUGGUGAUAGAAAUGAUCGAUGGAGAGCCCCCCUACUUCAAUGAGCCUCCUCUCCAAGCAAUGAGGAGGAUCCGGGACAGUUUACCUCCAAGAGUGAAGGACCUACACAAGGUUUCUUCAGUGCUCCGAGGAUUCCUAGACCUGAUGUUGGUGAGGGAGCCCUCUCAGAGAGCCACAGCCCAAGAACUCCUCGGACAUCCAUUCUUAAAAUUGGCAGGUCCACCAUCUUGCAUUGUUCCCCUGAUGAGACAAUACAGGCAUCACUGAGCCAAGGAUUCGUAUAAAUGGCAAAGCUAGGUGAGAACAUAAGACUAAUUCAGGAGAACAUAAGGAAAACCACAGAACAUACAAAAGGCCUGUCCAUUGGAGACCAGCUGACUGGUGGAACAGUGCGAUGACCGGCAGGGUUCCACAGACCAGGGCAUCUUCGUCUGUCUUAAAUAGGCAUCUCUCCACUGACAGCUGGCAUGGUCAUUUGGAGCAUGGCUUUAAGAAGUCAUUACUAUAUUUUGCAACCCUUCAUCCAGCAAAUCAGAAGGACUCAGUACAAACUCCGUUAUGAUAUAUAUCCUAGCCACAUGCAGGGUACCGCAUAGGAUUUUCUAUAUUGAAAGAAUACUUUUCUGGCAAAAAAAAAGAAAGAAAGGAAAACAAAAAAGCACUUUUUUCUUAAUGGUAGCAGUGUAAUGUAUUUUGCAAUGAAUUUGUAAUUUUUCUGUACAAUAGUUUUGAUAAUUUAUAGUACUUUGAUGUCACGUAGCCAUUGUAUCAGUUGAAGUAAUACUUGUUUACUAGCAGGAGUUUGAACAAAGCCUUUCCUACUUUUUUAUCCCUUUCAGAGAACCAACGAUUCUUUAGGAACUUUGAAUACUGAAUGACUCUCAAUCACCGUCAGCUUUAGUAGAAUAUCUUUCUUAUCCUAACAAGUGUCUUAUGUGAUGGAAGAAGAAUUAAGGAUGAUGGUGGUGGUGUGCCCAUUUCAUUUUAUCCAACCAAAAUUAAUGAAAUAAAAGUUGAGCCACAGUAUACCAUCAAAUUAUUCCUUGGGAUAAAGCUAAAUAUGGUGGGAAAAUUUAGUUGUGUUUUUUUUUUCAGGGCUUCUAUUAGCAAAACUUUUUUUUUCCCCCACACCAGGAUGUUCCCUUGGCGUGUGUACUCUUAAGGGGGUACUGUAUCCCCUUGUGGCCAAAUUUCCCUCCCAGGGAGAAAUUUCCAUACAAAGAUCAUUGGAUACUGUUUUCCCCAAAUUGAAUGUUUCACUGAAAUUAUGGGAAUUCCAGGAGAGUGACCAAGGCAAGAUGUUUGGUUUCGUUCAUCACUGUUUCUAAAACUUUGUAUGCUAGCACACCAAACUCUUGUCUGCAUUUACCUUUGUACCAUGGUAUUAAUCACUUAUUGUUCAUGUAUUGUGCUGGAAGUUUGAGCUGAUGCAGAGGGUAUUUUACCAAGUAUGAUCUGGCUUCAGUGGUGACCAUGUUAUAAUGUGUUUCUGACAUAGGAGAGUUGUGCUGCUGUCUAGAUCUUCUUGAAUGUUGAUAAAAAUGAAUGACUACUAC